AUGGGGUUCCUCUACUGGGCAGUGCCUGUUGCUCUAUUAACCUUUCUGGCCCUUCGUCGAUGGUGGUCUGAUCCACUAUCCCCCAUUCCAGGACCAUGGUUCACCAAAUGGACCGACAUCGUCCUCAAGUCUCACUGGCUCCGGGGCAAUCGGAUGAAGUACGUUCAUGAUCUUCACCGGCAGUACGGCCCCGUAGUUCGUGUCGGCCCAGGAGAAGUGGACGUUGCCGACCUGGCCGCAGUCAAGGAAGUCCAUCGAAUUGGAACCAGCUUCCUGAAGUCAUCCUGGUACCGCGACCUAACCCGGCAUGACAUCGAGAACCUCUUCAACACCAGCGACGUCAAGUUUCAUUCCACCCGUCGACGAUUAUUGUCCUCCCCAAUCUCCGAUGCCGAGCUGCGCAAAUCGCAUCCCCUUAUCGAUGCCCGCGUGCAGCUCGCCCUCCAGCAGAUGGAACGGCAGAUGGACCGUCACGGCGUCGUCGAUGUCUUUCAGUGGUGGAUUUUCAUGGCUACCGAUAUUAUCGGGGAGCUUUCCUUUGGGGAUUCCUUCCGGAUGCUGGAGCAGGGCCGGAAAAAUCAAUACUGCCGGGAUCUCGAAUCCAUUUCAGCGACCGAAGGCGUCCGAGUCGCAUUUCCACGAAUAGUCAGCCUGGCCGACGUAAUCCCGCUCCCAUACUUUCACCAGUCGGCCAAGGCUGGGCAGCGCAUGGAGCAGUACGCCGCGGAAUCAGUCCAGCGCUACAAACAACUCAUGGCCGCGGGCGAAAACCGCACCGAGGCUCUGUUCACCAAGCUCUUUGACCCAGACAAGGGCGGGCUCUCCGAUCGAAGUAUCAUCGACGAGGCCAUCAGCUUCAUUAUCGCCGGCAGUGACACCACCGCCAACACCAUGACCUAUCUGGUCUGGUCCGUCUGUCGAGAUGAGGCCAUCCGGGCCCGACUGUUGCAAGAGCUGGCCACGCUGCCCGAGGCCUUUGACGACCACCAUCUCCGAAGACUGGUCUAUCUCGGCCAGGUCAUCAACGAGACCCUGCGCCUCUUUUCCGGCGUUCCGUCGGGUCUGCCCCGUGUUUCGGCCCAGGAUGUGACACUGGCUGGUGUCUGGAUUCCAGCCGGCACGGUAAUUACGACUCAAGCUUACACCCUGCAUCGGGAUCCUGAUGUGUUCCCAGCACCCGAAUGCUUCAAUCCGACCCGAUGGGAGCAGCCAACCAAAGCAAUGAAGGACGCUUUCAUGGCAUUCGGCGGCGGCGCACGAACAUGCUUGGGCGUCCAUUUGGCGCGCACCGAGAUCCGUCUGGCCACCGCUCGAUUCUUCCGGGUCUUUCCACAGGCUCGCAUCGAUGGAAGCAUGUCCGUGUCGGACAUGGACCAGAUUUCUUACUUUUUGCUCUCUCCGCGGGGAAAGCGUUGUCUUGUCAAUUUGUGGUGA